UAUAUAAGUGGUCAAUGAGGAGCUCUGCCAUACACUCUGUGUCCAGCCGGUCAGCAUCAGAGCACCAGCCCAGUAGCCCAAGAUGACCGCUUACCUGCUCCUCGCGCUGCUCGCCACCCCCCUCCUGCUGGUGGACGAAUCGCGGGCCCUUAGCAUGGGCCCCACCCGCCACUGCCUGUGCCACGGGUACGAAGCCAGGGUGAUUCCGCCCCGAAGCCUGAGGAGCAUCGAGAUCCUUCCCAGGGGGCCGCACUGCAAGGCCACGGAGGUCAUCGCCUCUCUAGUGCAAGGCCACAAGGUCUGCCUGGAUCCUACUGCUGCGUGGGUCAAGAGACUCAUUCGUCUGGUCCUGGAGAAACAGAAGCGCCAAGCGAAGCGAACGCUGGACUGAAGGCCAAGACCGGCCCGGUGCCAUCUGGGGGCCCCAGCAGAGCAAUGUCCCGGAGACGACAUGGAUGCGGUGCAGAUCUGCCCUCAUACUACACAUUCUUCUUGCGUUUCUGAACUAAAAGACAUGAGUCUGUGAUGUGUUUGAGCCAGGUGAAAUAGCGAGGUAAAAUGGCCCAGCUGGAAACAAUGCAGACGAACAUUUGUGUUCGGUACCCGCGCUUCACGCGUAACGCUUGGAUAGACAAGGACUAACACGUUAAAGCUGUGUUGAUACAGCGUCUCAGGAGCACUGAUGCUCCUUCCUGUCUGCGUAAGAAUUAUAUGUUGAAAUAUUUAUCAAUAUCUAAGGUUUUUCACUCCAACCUGUGUACAUUAUAUUAAUGUUUUUGCUGUAGGUUUUUAAGUCAAUUUUUGCUUUGCUUGUGAAUGAAUAAAGAGAAAGAAAUGGCAGGAAGCUGAUAUUUCCUGUUGCUUUGUCUGUCUCUGACUGGCUGCAGCGUCAACAGUCUCAGUCAUUCUGAUCGGCUGUGGUGUUGACAGUCUCGGUUGCCGCUCUGAUCUGUGAAACAGCACUCAUUUCCACUGUAAUAAAGUCUCAUGUAUUGAGAACU